UCGAAAGAAGAAAAAGCAAAUGGCCGAUAUGGCUCAAUUUUCAAUGGUUGCAGUUUUUGCUGCAUUUAUAUUCCUUACAUGGAGAGAUCUCUCACAGACUGAACAAGCUGACGUACAUAAAGAUAUUAAAGCUCCAAAAUUAGCCUUAGCAACUCCCACAAUCAGAUUCCUUUUUUGUUACUCCUGAGGGUACAAGAAAGUUUUUGAGCAAUACGCUCAUGCUUUACAUGAGCGGUUCCCAGAACUGAGCAUCGAGGGAGAUAAUUAUCCUCCACCUCCGACUCGUUCUGCCAUUGCUCAAUUUCUCAGCAUAUUUAAAUUAGUUGUGAUAGUAAUGAUUGUUAGUGGACAGAACCCUUUUACACUUCUCAAUAUGGAUACGCCUAGUGUUUUUACCUGGGCUCAAGAAAAUAAAAUUUAUGCUUGUUUAAUGAUAUUUUUUAUCAGUAAUGCUAUUGAAGGACAGAUGAUAUCCACAGGUGCCUUUGAAGUCUCUUUUAACGAUGUUCCAGUUUGGUCAAAGUUAGAAACAGGAAGAAUACCGCAGCCAGGAGAAAUAUUUCAAAUUAUAGAAAAUCAAAUGAAAUUUAAAUCAGAUGGUGUGAAAUAACAUUACUGGUAUUUGUAAUCAUAGUUCUAUGGUUUAUAAAUAACCAAAUAAAGUUUGUCAUGAAGAGGAACCAACUGCAGCACAUCACAAAUCUGACUAAUGAAGGUUGGUACUGAAAGCAGCCAUGUUGCUGGUACCUAACUGGAUCAACCAAUCAGAAGCUGUGUUGUUUUACAGUUAGCCAAUCACUGAUAAUGUUUUGUUUGUUUACUUAUAAACUGAUUGUCCAUAUUUGUAUAUUUAUGUAAAUAUGAUUUUUGAUUAUUCUGUGAUGAGAUCCUUUACAUCAAAGCUUUACAAUAUUCCAACAUUCUUUUACUGGUUCAUCUGUAAAAUAUGAUCAUAUAUUUGUUCCUAAUUUCAUUUGUUUUUAAAUCAAUCUUAUUUUAUGUCUUUGAAAAAGAACUACAGAUGACAUACCAGUUAACAAAAUGUGUUUGUACCAUAAACUCAAACUGUUAUCAACAAAAAAAGGUUCAUUAGUGAACUUUUUUUGCAUGAUAUUUAAUGGGUAGAUGAACAGUUGUUAUUUAUAUCAAUUGUAUUUAUAGAUAUUGAAAAUAUCAAAAAGACAAGAAGACAUGUCAAUAAAACAUUUAGUCUUUAAAUUCAAAAAUUUUCUUUCUUCUCUAAAUAUAAUUUUUUUCAGAAUUUGUGUAUCUUGAAAUCAGGAAGGUAUACUAUGCUAAAGAUUAACACAAAGAAAUCUAAAUAAAUGUAUUUGAAUUCUUUUGAAAGUGAUUUGCAUACACCUUAUCGCUAUUCCCGCUUGACCCGAAAAUCUGUCCCGCUUGAACUUUUGACGUCAUACAACAAUCACUUUUCCAUUGUGGCGUCAGAUAUUUUCUAUUAUGACGUCAAAAUUUUACGGGAACUUUUGUGAUGUCCAGUAAUGGCGGACAAAUAGCGAUAAGGUGUAUUGUAAAGUGAACUUGAGUUCUUGCUUCUUUCUUUUCUAAAUGUCAAGUUUUCUAAUACAAAGAGAAUACAAAGCCAUAUGUCAUAUCCUUUUUCCACAACAUGUUCUUAAAACUGACAUAUCCCUGUCUGAAUUUAAUCUAACAACACCCAAGUUUUUAUUGAUUAGAAAUAAAGGUUUUAGAAUUUAACAGCAACAUGCUGUGUUUAAGUAAAGUCUUCUUUAACUUUUUAUACAUUGUGACUUGGAUGGAGAGUUGUCUCAUUGGCACUCAUACCACAUCUUCUUAUUUAUGAGUACUAAAUGAAAGCUCCAAGGUUUUAUCUUUGUCAAAUGGGUCAGAGGUUCUCUCGGGCACUCUGGCUUCAUCCACCAAUAAAAACUGGCCUCCAUGGUACAUGUAUAUAUAUAUAGCCUAGAGUGAUGAAAGAGGCUUUAACACAAUCAACCAAUCAAUCUUUGUUAAACAGGAAAUUUCUACAUUAAAUUCAUUAUUAUUGCAGCUGUCAAUGCUAAAAAUUAGUAUAAACUAAUAAUUAUUUACUGCAUAUAUUAUAUAAACGGAUGUCUGUACAUUGUUUACAUUUUGUUUUGUCUUGAUAUGAUGUAAAUGUGUUUUUUGUAUUGAAAUGAAUUUCAUGAUGUUAUAUUAUUUGCUGAGAAGUUGUAUUGUGGUGUAUACAUGGUGUUCAAAUAUGCAUUUGAUUUAAUGAUUACAUGUGGGUAUGUUUUUCUAAACUAGUCAAGUUCUGGUGUCAUUCAUGAAAACUUGAUUGUUUUACUCUUUACCAUUCCAUAUACAAAUGAUAUACCUUAAUUUCAGAAAUAAGUUGCCAUUGAUUUUAUAUUGAUUUUUAUAUAUUUUCCAGAUAAAUUUUAAAGUAAAAUUUGAAAUAAGAAUUCAUGGCAUAGUUUUUUAUGUCUAUCAUCUCUUUAGAUAUUAUUUCAGUAAGAUAAAUGAACAAAUUCUGCUGUAGAUUGAUUUGUGAACAAAUAUAAGAUUUUUCAGUAGAGAGGUGGAAAUUUAUUACAUCAUUGUACCUCCCGCAUUCUUAAUGUUUAAAUUACUGUUGUGAGGAGAAAUUAGAGACAAAAUUUGAAAUAUAUUUUGAAAUUCUAAAGUUUUUCGGUCAGAAGAAAUGUUUCAUCAGAUGAUACAACUAGCGAUCCUUAAUAAGAGAUCAUUUUAUGUUAUCGAGAGCUUCAUUCAUUAUAUAAUGAUUACAAAUAUGUAAGGAGAGAAGACGUUAGCAUUAUCAUGUAGUUUUUAUUGUGAUUAUGUGACUAUCUGUUACAUAAGAGAAAGAAUCAUAUAUCAUAAUAUAUCAGAUAUAUUUUUGUUUUUGGAUAAUUUUACAAACAUUGUCCUUUAGAUUUUGAAACAGCAAAUUAUGAUGCAAAUAAUUAAAAAGAGAAUAUUAUCACAUUGAUUUCUGUCUUGUUACCUCCCUUUCUUUUAUACCAGUCCCUUGUCAUGGCACUUUAAAAAAAAAAAACUUUCUUUCAGAACACAUAACAUUAAAUUGGUCAUAUAUACUGCAUUACAUGGGUUUACAGCCAAACAAGUAAAUCCUGAUCCGUGAUAUAUUAUAUAAGAACGAGAAAUGGUUCUUGUAAUACUGUGUUAGUAUAACUGGGUAUGUAAAUGUGAUAUAAUUAUAACUAGAUUGUAUUGUAAUCAGGCUCAAUGUUCAUUUACAGUAAAUAAUUGUUGUAUGAAAAUAAAUUGAUAUACUUUUGA